CUCUACCUCCGAUUGCGGCCUGGUUUUACCAUCGAGUCUGAAGGCCAGAGAGUCAUUGCAGUAGGGGGCGCAGUGACAGGUUUACCCCGACCACGUUCCUGGAAGCCCGAGCUGUGUUGUGUAGCGUGUGUGGGAGACAGCUGCUGCCUGUCAGGCUCGGGAACCGGCAGCCAGAAGAGCUUCGUCAGUGGCUCUCUAUGGAAAGGUGUUUUGGAAUCCUAGAUCCCAGCUCCGAGCCUUAGUGGAGGUCACGGCUGUCAAUUCACCGGUGGCCCGAGAGCCAGGCGGAGGACGAAGUGGCGGUGGUGGAGUGUCGCUGGAGAGGUGUGCAGGAAGUAAUUAGUCCUUUUCCCUUGGGAAUGGUCUACAGUUAGGCCUAGUCACAUCUUACUGGGUUGAAAUUGGAAAAGGCUCCGUGGAGGAAGUAGCCUAUGAAAUCUCAAUAAGAAUGCCGGGAAUAAAGAAGGGGGCAGUCGGAACCAACAGAACUGAAUGGGCCAGAGAUCUUGCCAGGGACCAAAGUCUUGCCUUUCUCGUAUCCUGAUGCGUGCUUUUUGGAGUUGAGAAAAUCUCCAAACCUGUUCUUCUGGCAAAAAGUCUUCUAUCUGAAGAGCAAAAUGGGUUGGAGAGCUUGGGGUGUUUGCCCUGGCAUCCCAAAGGAUACUGCUGACCUGCCGUCUUGCUUCUGUGGGAGGAAGUGGGGCACAUCUGAUGGGUCUGGCUUCUAAACUCGUCUUGUGCUUUCUCCCAGCUCUGCUGCUCUCCACCCCUAGGUUUUGACAGUGUCUCGGGGCCUGUAAGCAUCUGUCGUUUUUGUUUUUGUUUUUUUCCCUUUCAAGAUGCCAUUCACAGACUUUAUUCUGGCCCUAAAAGACAAUCCCUACUUUGGGGCUGGAUUUGGGCUGGUAGGUGUGGGCACAGUUCUGGCUGUGGCCCGGAAAGGAGCCCAGCUGGGUCUAGUGGCAUUCCGGCGCCAUUACAUGAUCACAUUGGAAGUCCCUGCUAGAGACAGAAGCUAUGCCUGGUUGCUUAGCUGGCUUACCCGACACAGCACCCGCACCCAGCACCUCAGUGUUGAAACCUCAUACCUGCAGCACGAAAGUGGCCGAAUCUCCACCAAGUUCGAAUUUAUCCCCAGCCCUGGAAACCACUUCAUUUGGUAUCAGGGGAAAUGGAUCCGGGUACAGCGAAACCGAGACAUGCAGAUGGUAGACCUGCAAACGGGGACUCCUUGGGAAUCCGUCACCUUCACAGCCCUGGGCACGGACCGGAAGCUUUUCUUCAACAUCCUGGAAGAAGCUCGAGCACUGGCCCUGCAGCAGGAGGAGGGGAAGACAGUGAUGUACACAGCUGUGGGUUCCGAAUGGCGUACCUUUGGUUAUCCACGCCGGCGCAGGCCACUGGAUUCUGUAGUCCUGCAGCAGGGUCUUGCUGACCGAAUUGUCAAAGACAUCCGGGAAUUCAUUGAUAAUCCCAAGUGGUACAUUGACAGAGGCAUUCCCUACAGACGUGGCUACCUUCUUUAUGGGCCCCCUGGUUGUGGGAAGAGCAGUUUUAUAACCGCUCUGGCUGGAGAACUGGAGCACAGCAUCUGCCUUCUCAGCCUCACAGACUCUAGCCUCUCAGAUGACCGGCUCAACCAUCUGCUGAGUGUCGCCCCCCAGCAGAGCUUGGUGCUCCUGGAGGAUGUGGAUGCUGCUUUUCUCAGUCGAGACUUGGCCCUGGAGAACCCUGUAAAGUACCAAGGCCUAGGUCGUCUCACCUUCAGCGGACUGCUCAAUGCUUUGGAUGGUGUCGCCUCCACUGAGGCUCGCAUUGUGUUCAUGACCACCAACCACAUUGACAGGCUGGAUCCUGCCCUGAUACGCCCUGGGCGAGUAGAUCUGAAGGAGUAUGUAGGCUACUGCUCACACUGGCAGCUGACCCAGAUGUUCCAGAGGUUCUACCCAGGGCAAGCACCUUCCUUGGCUGAGAACUUUGCAGAACAUGUCCUUAAAGCCACAUCCCAGAUUAGUCCUGCCCAGGUGCAAGGCUACUUCAUGCUGUAUAAAAAUGACCCUGUGGGGGCUUUUGAGAACGUUGAAUCUCUGAGGUGAUUCACCAGGCCACUAUCUGCUCUCAAAAAAAUCCAUAAACACCAAUCACACUAAUCUGGUCUGUGACUUUUCCUCCCUCCCUUGCUGCGUUUGUACUUGAGAAUAAAACAGGGGUUGCAAUAGCAGUGCUGCAAGAUACACGUAUACAAAUGAUGGGGCCAUGGUCGCAAGAGAGGGAAAGGAGAGACUGACAUGAAUGGAGAAAAUAUAUACGUUCACAAAAG